AUGUCUGGACAUGGAAAAAGCGGCGUUGGCAAAGCUCGGUCCAAGGCCAAAUCUCACUCGUCUCGGGCUGGACUGCAAUUCCCGGUCGGCCAGGUUCACAGACUCCUAAGAAAGGGCAACUAUGCUGAGCGGGUGGGAGCUGGAGCCCCGGUCUAUCUGGCUACUGUGCUCGAGUAUCUGACAGCCGAAAUCCUCGAAUUGGUGGGCAACGUGGCCCGGGACAAUAAGAAGACCCGCAUCAUCCCCCAGCACCUGCAGCUGGCCGUCCGUAAUGACGAGGAGCUCAACAAGCUGCUGGGAGGGCACCUGGUGGACAUCGCUCAGGACUGCAAAGCCAAUCUGCACUUCCAGAGCUCGACCGUCAGGGUCCUGCAGGAAGCUAGCGAGGCUUACCUGGUGGGUCUCUUCGAGGACACUAACCUGUGCGCCAUCCGUGCCGUUACCAUCCAGCUGGCUCGAUGCUUUUGCGGGGAGCCUGCUUAA